CAUGUUUGUUUUUAUCUCGCCGCUUCUCGUAUAAUCUCGCGUCAUUUUAAGCAGCAGCCAAAAUGGAAGGAGCAGGAAAGGCAACGAUCAACCAAAAAUUUGCUGAAAAUCUGUUUAAAUACAGUCGUCAGAGGGUUCCAGACUACUCCAGAAGUCACCCAGUUGUCCCUUCAAUGUAUGUACCAGAAUGGAAAACAGACAUGAAAAACAGGAAAUUAAUAGUAAAGAAUGCUGAGCUUGGAGGUGUCCCACAUUUUGAGCAUGAUGAGAAUCUAUUUUUAGAAAAGAGGGAACAAAUGUUUUACAAUGUUGAAGACCGCAAUAGAGUGGAGUCCAAAUACCCAGUUCGUGAUCGUAGCAAACUCCUCCGCCCAGAUUUUCACCAUGAGACUUCUAAAUAUCAGAGUGAAUUAAUGUUUAGACGGGAUGAGGACUACGUUAUGAAGGCUUGAUCACCUGUGAUAAUUGUUACCACUAUAGACAUCAGUAUUAUUGCACCAUGUUUUUGUUAUUCUAGUACUGUAAUGUCUUGCCAUAUGUUGAGUAAGACAUUUUUUAUUGCCAACAGCUGUAUACAGUGUUGUGUUUUUAUCAUUUUUACAUUUUGGCUAUCUUUUUUAACCAAAUUUUGUUACAAACUAUAUUCUCACUAGGGCUUUCAAUAAAUUGGAAAAAGGGAUUUCCUUUAUUUUAAAUUCACACAUACAAGUAUCAUUCACUUUAAAUUAGUGCUUAACAGUAUUAAGUACAGAUAUUUUUUAUCACAUUUAUUCUUGUACAUUGUUUGUUGUUUUUGUAAAUGUCUAUUUAUACAUAUAGUUUUUGUUUUGUACCUUUUAUGAUACUUGUUGGAUUUGUGUCUGCAUUUCUAUUUCUUGAUUUUAAAAAAUGUAAUAAAAAUGAAACUUAA